AACAAAAAGCCAGUAUGACCAAAAUUGAUUUAUCUCUUUUUGCGAAAAAGUUCCGAGGCUCGUUUUUGGGAGUUUUAACUGGAGACUGUUUGGGCAGUCCUUAUGAAAAUGAAAAGUUGACCUCAGGUAUGCGGCUAGUUUUGCAAAAGUCGUUUGACACAAUGGAAGGACCAGUUUAUAAAGCUCCAGUUAUUCAGUAUACUGACGAUUCAGCGAUGACAAAGUCCGUUGCCGAAUCUUUAAUUGAAAAAAAAGAUCUUGAUUUGAAGGAUCUGGCGAUGAAAUUCGUCAAAAGUUACUAUCUAGAACCUAAUAGAGGAUAUGGUUCAGGUGUUGUAACAGUUUUUCAAAAACUUCGAGGAUCGAAAUUUGCCGAUGUCCUUCUUCCUGCUAAGGAACAAUUCAACGGAGGAGGAUCAUUCGGAAAUGGAGCCGCAAUGAGAGUUGCGCCAAUUUCUAUGUUUUGCUAUAAAAAUUACGAUAAAUUAAUUGAGUUGGCCAAAAAACAAUCUUUACUCACGCACACGCAUAAGAUCGGCGUUGACGGAGCAAUUUUGCAAGCAAUGGCCAUUCAACAAAGUUUACAUAUUCAUCCUGAAGAACAGUUCAAUGUUAUUGAAUUUGUUGAUCAACUGUUAAACAAAAUGAAAUUUGUCGAAAUUGAUGAAGAAGGUUUGGAUUUAAUUGAAGCACAACCUUAUACAGCCCAAUUGAAACUGGUAAAAAAUUUGCUACUGGAAGAAGGUGAUGACAAUCCUACUCAUCAAAAAGUUAUCAAACUCUUGGGUAAUGACAUAAGUGGUUUAAGAUCUGUUCCAACUGCUAUAUUUUGCUUUUUACGAGCUCAAAAGCCAAUAUCUGGAAUAAAUACAGAUAAUCCCUACAGAAGGGCACUUCAAUAUGCAAUAAGUUUAGGAGGAGAUGCAGAUACUAUUGGAAGUAUGACUGGUGCCAUAGCUGGAGCAUUAUAUGGAAUUGAUAAAAUACCACCAAAUAUAAUUCAUCAUUGUGAAGCUUCCGAUGAAUUUUGUCAAUUAGCUGACAAUUUACUUGAUACUGCAAAUGGAUUGCAAUGGAAUUUGUAAAAUUCAAAUAAACAUAAUAAACUAUGUAAAUAAUUUGCGAAUCAAGACUGAAAGAAUAAUUUUUUAAUAUGUACAUUAUGUUGUUAAAUAAUCUGAACAAAUAUUGUAUAAAAAUAUUAACAUCAAUAAAAUAUUAUGGAAUAGUUACAAAAUUAAA